GCCGUCUGCAUCGCUCCUCUCCUCUGUCCAUCUCCUGUCCCUCAUAGCCCUGUUCAAGAUGGCGGCCGCAAUUAAGGCGAUCAAUGCGAAAAUUCGCUCCAACAAAGUUCUCGACUAUGUCUGCUCAACACAUUUCUGGGGACCGGCUUCGAAUUUCGGCAUUCCCAUCGCUGCCGUUAUGGAUACCCAGAAGGAUCCUGAGAUUAUCUCCGGAAACAUGACGGGCACUCUGGUCCUCUACUCCGCCAUCUUCAUGCGCUACGCCCUCGCCGUUACACCUAAGAACUACCUCCUCUUUGGUUGCCAUGCGGUUAACUUCUCCGCCCAGCUGGUCCAAGGAUACCGGUAUAUGAAUUAUUGGCACUGGGGAGGUCGCGAAGCCAAGCUCGGCGCAGCUGCGAAGGAGGGUCAGAAAGCUGCUGAAGCGGCAGCUUAGAACACAAUCUAAACCUGCUUCUUCUUUUUCCUUUCGUAUGCUUUGUAUUUCGGCAGAAUAUAGAUAAUAACAACUUGGCGAC